AUGGCUGAAUCAUCAACAAAUCCGGAAAAUGGUUUAUUUAAUAUUCGUUCAACACCUUCAAAUGAACAUUUGUGUUUUGCUGAAACACUUCGAGAUUGGCGUGAUCCAUUAUUACAAGGACAUGAACGAAUAUCAGCUCCUGUUUGUCCACGUUGUGCUACAUGUAGAUGUGAAUCAUUAAAAAAUUUUCCUAGUACACCAAUUACUUCUGUUCAUCAUCAUAAACAUGAUCCAUCUUGUCCAAAUUUUCGUCAUCAACAUGAUCAUUCAAAAUCAUUAACUAGACAACCUAUUUUAAAUAAACGACGUGCUAUAUCACAUGAUCCAUCAGUAUCAAUAUUAAAUACUACAAAACCGAUUGAAAAUUCUAUGUUAAUACAUCCAAUUAAACAAAACAGUCUUACAUCAAAAAUACCUAUAAGAAUUUCAAUACCAAUCAAUAAAUCUUCAUUUUCAACAUCAACUAUUAAACAUCGUUCAUCAAAUAAAAAAACUAAAAUUCCACGUUUAAUAGCAUCUCCAAAUUUAUCAUCAUCUACAACAACAACAACAACGACGACGACAACGACAAAUGAUCAAUGUGAAAUGGAUAGUUUAAAUGAUGAUAUAUAUCCAACGUCGUUGACAAUGUCUGAUAAUGAGAACAUGUCAUCUACGAAAAUGAAUCAAUUAAAUAAUAAUCAUGUGAAUACGCAAAUAUUAGUUAAGAAAAAACGACGAUAUAAACGUAGUACAUCAACAACAUCAGAUAAACGACAACGACGAUGUCGACAAAAAGAAGGUCGUCAUUCUAAAUCGAGAUCUUCAUCCAAUGAUUUAUCUUCAUCAUCUUCACCAUCAUCAAUUGUUCCAUUAAGAAAAAAAUCUCGUUCAUAUCGAGCAUCAUCACCAAAUCAAAUUCUUUCAUCUUUAUCGGAUGAUUCUCUAUCCGAACCUAAACAAAAUCGUCCACAUUCAACAUUUAUUUCUAUAACUGAUCAAUCAAAUCAUUCAUCAUCAUCACCACCACCAUCGCUUUAUCUUAUUCAAUUAACAAAUAAAACUAAUAAAAUUAAUUCAUUUGGUUUAACUAAAACAAUUACAUGUGUUUGGAAAAAUACACAGACAAAUACUGAUGAUGAUGAUCAAAAUAUUUCUUAUCCACGUUAUUCUAUUGAACAAGUUCAACCAAUAUGUAAUCAAAAAAAACAUUCAAUACCAAUAUCAUCACGAAAUAUUAUUUUACAAUGUGGUCAAACUGAUUAUUGGCAAAAUUUUGAAUCGAUCACAGAUUCUACAAUAACAUCAUCAUGUAUAAAAUCAACUGGAUCAGCAUUUCAUCUACUUUCAACAUCAUUCGAUAUAAAAUCAAAUAAAAUUCAUACAAAUCCUAAUGGACAUAUUAUAUCAAUAACAACAACAAAACGUUGUCAACCAUCUGUAUUAAAUCAAACAAAAGAUGUACAAUGGAAUAUUCAAGGAGAUGGAAAACAAAUUCGAUAUUCAAUUAUUAAAUCACAUAGUGAUGAUCAAUUACAAAAAUAUCAACAAUUAAAAAGACAAUAUCGAGCAAAAUAUGGAACAGAUAGUAAUACAGAUAGUGGAUCAUCUAGUGAACAACAAAAUCUAUCGGCACCAUCAAAUUUACAUCCAGAGAAUGCAACAAAUCAGAUUCAUAAAGUAUUAGAGAAUUUUUCAACGAAUAGUAAUUCUAAACAAACAGAUAAUUCUUUAUUUUAUACUGAUAUUAAUCAUACAUUACCAAGUCUCGUUCAACAAGAAACAAUAAAUCAUGUAUCAUUCGAACCUCCUAUAAUUUCUAAACCAAAAAAAGUAUCCUAUGCAAGUACAGAUGAAGAUGUUGAUGAACUUAGUUCACAUUAUAUUGAAGAUAUGAACGAAUCAAUAACAUUGAUUAAAAAUUCUCCUGAACAAUCCAAUCUACAAGAUGAUAUCGAUCUUAAAAGAUCAUCUAUAGAAUCUUCACAAAUAACUGUUGAUUCUGGAGUUGAUAUAAUCAGUGAACAAAAACUUUAUCAACCAAAUAUAACAAUUCCUAUUGAUGAACAAUCAUCCGAAGAACUAACAAAUCAAAAUGGUAUUUUAACAUUAUCAGAAGAUUCAUUAGGUGAUAUUGAAUUAAAAUUAUCUACAAAUAAUGUAUUAUUACCAAAUCAAAUAAUAACAGAAAAUAGCGAGCAUACAACUGAACAUGAUACUUAUUUUUCAGCUAAAAGUGAAUUAUGUACAGACAAAGAUUUAUAUAGUGGUUAUGAACUUGAAAGUAUUACAGAUGAAGAUGAUGAUUAUUUAAAAGACGAUGAUUUAAAUGAAUUUAUUAUAACAUCUGAAUGUACAUCAUCAUCACCAACAUCUCAACCGCCUACAUCUUCUUCUUCUAUUCCUCCUGAAUUCGAAUUUAAAUUACCAUCAUUUGGUGAAUGGAUUAAUCGUGCAUUUAGUACAUUUCUUUCUGAAACAGAUAAAAAUCCAAUUGAACCAAUAUUAUCAAGUCGUUCAUCAUCCGAUGUAUCAAUACAUGGUUCACAUAGUACAAUUAAUACAUUAUCCUCAUCACAUGUUGUAACUGUUCUUGAAAAUCAAAAUAUAUCAAAAAAUGAAUCUAUUAAUCUUUCUCAGGCACAAUCAUGUUCACCCGACGACGAUGAACAAGAUGAUGAACAUAGUCUUAAUGACAUGUCAAGUUCAAGUUUAAACAGUGAAAAGGUCGAUUUUGAUACAUAUAUUAUCGAUAGCAAUUAUGAAAAGAUCAAUCCUUCAAUAACAAAUGAACAAAAUGAAAUUCCUUUCAUUACAAAACGAUCAAAAUCAUUAUUAUCAUCAAUCACAUCAUCGAUUGAAAAUGAUGAUCAAGGUGAGCUUUUAUUAUUAUUAGCAAUAUAG